UGCCUAAUUAAGAAUAUGAAGAGCCCGAUGACGAGUGCUGUCUUCCUUGCCACUGCUUUAGCCUUUGUUGGACUCAUAGCCAUUAAUGGCGCUCAAGCAAGGAUUUUACCAGAUAGACUUGGACUCAAAGUAUCAACACUAGCUAAUUAUGGAGGAACUUAUAGCCCACCAUCUCCAUCUCCGAUCCCUUCACAGAGAUCGAAGGAAUUAACCAGCAAUUACGAGAAGUAUUCAUCCCCGCCACCUCAGUCUCCGAAAGCUGAUCCAUCAAUCGGUCAAGUGACGCCCAGUUAUGGACGGACCAUGGCAUCACCUCCUCCACCCCCGAAACCUGCAUCACCAAAAGCCCAGCUUGAGAUUGGGUCUCCAUGCACUGAUGGGUGCAUUUCUAUGAUAACAAAUCUUGAAAGACCAGUAUCACGUUCACCUCCAUCUCCAAAGCCAGCAUCCCCUACACGUCAGAUAACCUUUGAUCUUGAACCGAAAGUGCAUGCAAGAUCACCACCCGGGCAAAAUGUAUUUUCAACUUGAGUUGGCUUGUAAUUUCUCCUACGGGGUCAUCUAAUUAAUUGAAUGGACAGUUAACUAGAAGAUAAGAGAUUAAUUAGCAAAUAAGCAUGAGAUUAACUUGAUGGAUGUAGACCAAACUUUUAAAGCUAUAAAAGAUCUUAAAUUUCACUGUGA